AUGUGCACGUUCUGCGUCCUUGAAUUCACUAAUGAGCCAUGGCGGGACGCGAGGCCAGGGCGGCGCUAUGAACGUCACGUCGUUCUCCGCCUGCGCAUCGAGCUGCGCCAACGGCAGCCUCGCCUUGGCUGGCCAGACGAGCGCCCUGUGUGUGGAAGCGCCGCUGCUCAACUGCUCUGGACCGCUGCAGCCACCCGGGUGGGCGGCGUGUCUGGACUGUGGAAGCGCUUCUGGCUGCGGCUCUGGCUCAGGAACUGGAUGCCACAACGCACCGUGUGCCGCUUCGUCCCGAUGCCUGCAGGCCUGCUGGGACCUGCACUGCCAACAGGAAGGAUGGCGGCUGCCGGAGGAGGCUGCGUCAGGUGACGGUACGG